AUUAAAGUCAAGUUGAACACACAGUGUGUAUCACUGUCAACGGUGUGUUAGCACCACGUUAUGCGUGCUGCAGAGGAGUACUUUUUUUUUAUCAAAACGGCAUUUAACAUCGCUAGCGAUUUUGUUGUCGUCGUCAUCGUUGUCGUUGCCGUCGAUUGAAGGGCACGUAUCUUUGCACUUCAUCAACAAUCACUUCCAUUUCGAAUUCGUUGACGGUUUCGAUUGGGCGCAAUUUUCGUGAACGGCCCCAUAAUGUAGCGCGCGUGCAACAUUUUGAUUUGAAAAUAGAAGCGAUAAAAAAAUACCGCGGAUUCAUUUGGUUUGGCGCCAAAUAAAUAAAUAAUAAUAAAUUGCUUCUUUUUCCGGUUUACAUGGGUGAUCAAACGUUUAACAUUGGUCAUGGUGUAACGGAAACAUUUUGUACUAAUUAUUGUGAAAUAGAAUAAUUUAAGGAAUAAUUUGUUGUUUGGCCCGUGCGAAUGAAGAGAGAGAAAAAAAAUACGCGAAUGCUGGGACUGAUCUCAGCCAGUGACCAUCACCAAGCCAAGUGGAAAAUAAACAAACAAGUUUUGAACAUUUUGAUAAAAUACUGGAUGAGUCAAUGAGACUCUCUCUCUCUCUCUCUCUCUCUCUCUUUCUCUCCAGAACCCAUAAAACAAUGUGUAAUACACAGUAUUAAGUUACAGGAAUAGGGUUAAAAAGUUUUUCUCGUUCGGUGUUUCGUUUAUUUAUUUAUUUUUUUUUUAUUUUUUUUUAUUGCUUCUUCUGGUGUCAUUGUUGUGUCUCAUAAUAACAGGUCCUGUCGAUAUGCGUGUUAUCAUCUCCCGCAUAUUGGUGGCUUUUGUUUUUUGGUGUGUUAAUUUGUCGCCAUCGUUGUCGUGGUCGUGGUCGUGGUCGUGGUCGUGACACAUGAGAGUGUGCGCCAACCGUUUUAGAUAAACGGUCGAAAUUUCAUCGAGUCAAAGAUUUAAUCCAAAGUGCCACUAUCAAUAUCUCAAUAAUAAUAUACAAAAGAAGAGAAAAAAAACACUAUACAUGACGGAUUUUUUCUCUCUGUUUGUCGGUUCGGUUUAAUAUUCGCCAAUAUAUAUAUAUAUAUGAUCUUAUAAAAGUUAAAACCAGAACAAGACGAAAAAAACAUGUUUAUCAGGUUAUUGUAAUACACACGGAUUUUUGUUUUAAUGGAAUAUGAUUUAAAUUUUGUGUGUUCGCAGUCUCAAAGUUUUCGGGUUAAGCAGCAUGUGUGAUGUGAUGUGAUGUGUCUUGCCUAUUUAUGUUUUAUCACAAAAACAGAAAAAUUAAACACUGAAGACAUUGCUGCAAACAACACACAAUCGCAGCGCAGCGCACAAACGCACAAAACGAAGAGAAAAAUAAAAAUAAAGUAACAAAAGACAGAGCGAAAGAAAGAGAUAGAAAUAGAUAGAAAGAGAUAGAGAGAGAAAAUAAAAAUAAACGAAACAGCAUAGUACAGACAAAAAUUAAGAGAUGUGUAAUCAAGGAAGCACUAAAAGCGAUGAACAAAGUUGAAAUGCUGUACAACAAUCGCACUUAUUCUAAAUGUGUGGCACAAGAACACUUGUAAUUCUAACUUUUGACAUUGUUAACAAACAAACAUUUUGUGGUAUUCGAGUUUCAUUCUCUCUGGCCUGUGUUUCAGUUGCAAAUAGUGAAAGUGAGCGAUAUAAAUAUAUGCAAGUUCGAGUAUGAUUAUACAUUAGAUGUUUAUACAGUUUACAAGUUUUCCAACGUCUUAAAAGAAAAAAAAAACAGAAGAACAUCACAGAUCAAUCGGAAUCUGAAGUGCGUAGAAAAAUUCAUACCGAAUACCCAACGGAAUAUCAAAAUAAAAAUAACAAACGAAAAUCAACAAACAAAAAACUUCGUUCGAAAAUUUGCGCGAUAAGAACCAAAAGAACUUUCCCCACCGCGGCAAUUGUUGGAAGUCUGUUGUGUGUUGAAGGUUAGCAAAAAUCAAGCGACGUGAUAUAGGAAGAACGUGAUCAAUAGUCACAUAAAAAUACACGAAGAAUAAGUAAAAUUGAUCGCCGAUCAAUUGAUUUUCCACAAGAUUUUCGUUGAACCAAAAAAAUCGAAAACAAAUGUUAUUCAAUCGAAUCAAUCAUCUUUUCGAUCAGCUAAAUGAAACACUUAAUGUGCAAACGCUACACAAAUGGAAAGAAUUAUAUUUAAAUGGUACAACAAACGACAGCUAUCCAAUUGGCAACAUGAUCAGCGAAUUGAAUUCGAGUGACCUGAUCCUGGACGGUGGUGGUUUUGGAAAUGCCACCACACCGUUAGACGCAAACAAUGUGAUACGCUUUGAACCAGAACCGUUGGCUGUACUCAUACUCGUUACUAUGUGCUAUUCAUUCAUAUUCGUUGCUGGACUAUUGGGAAAUGUGAUCACAUGCGCAGUAAUUUAUCGCAAUAAAUCCAUGCACACGGCGACCAACUAUUAUUUAUUUAAUUUGGCCAUAUCAGACUUGAUACUUUUAUUAUCAGGAAUGCCUCAAGACACGUAUAAUAUAUGGUUCCCUCAUAACUAUCGAUUCACGCACACCAUUUGCAUUUUGCAAGGACUAUUAUCGGAGACAUCGACAAAUGCUACCGUUUUGACAAUUGCUUCAUUCACCAUAGAGCGCUACAUAGCUAUUUGUCAUCCAUUCAGACAACAUACCAUGUCAAAAUUAUCACGUGCUGUUAAGUUCAUUAUGGGAGUAUGGAUAGUUGCUUUUUGCUUUGCCAUUCCGCAAGCCAUCCAAUUUGGCGUGGUUUCAAUAAAUGGAGGACAUUCGUGCACAGUCCAGAACAUAUUGGUCGAGCACGCAUUUGAAAUAUCAUCGUUUAUGUUCUUCGUCGGACCGAUGACAUUAAUUUGCGUCUUGUAUGUUUUAAUCGGAAUUAAAUUGAGGAACAGCAAGACAUUGCAGGGCAUCACACGUGACAGUUGCGAGAUCAACCGAAGUAUUUCCGGUCAAACACGUAUCAUUCGUAUGUUAAUUGCUGUCGCCGUUGCAUUCUUCUUGUGCUGGGCACCGUUUCAUUCGCAGCGUUUGAUGGCCGUUUAUGGGAAGAGUUCGCGUCCAACCAGUGAACUCUUUCGCAACAUUUACACUGUACUUACGUACGUCUCGGGGGUACUAUAUUUCAUGUCAACUUGCAUCAAUCCAUUAUUAUACAGUAUAAUGAGUCAUAAAUUUCGAAACGCAUUUAAGAUAACCAUAAUGAAGCAUUGUGGAUUUGGAACAGACUAUAGACCGGAUCACACUUAUUCGAUGCUCUCACGUUACAAUGGAAUUGGUUCGUUGAAAUUGAGCAUGGCAGCGGCGCAUAAUCAACGCAUCAGUAAUCCGUACAUAAGUGAAGUGACACGAACGGAUAUUGCUGGCCAACGAAAUGAUAAUGAUACCACAGAUUCAGCAUACGCGGAACGACCCAACGAUCUAUCGCCGAUGGCUCGUAUGGCGAAUGCAAUGCGAAAAGCUGGCAAAGCUAAUCAACUAAAAAAAGAAAUUAACGAUCUCAAUGCAAAUGCAAAAUUCAAUUUAAGCCGAAAACCGCUGAAGAAAAAUCAACAAAAAUCCGAUUCAAUUCAUCAAACCAACGAACCAAAUACAGUGAUAACCGGCCAUGGCCGAAAACAGAAAUGUAUCCCGAAAAUUACCAGUUCGAAUAGUAUCUGUACGACGAUAAGUAAUUCAAGCCUGCAAGAAUACGACGAUGAACUUGACACCACUGAAUUGGCCAAGUACAUGAGACAGAUCAACAAUGAAAUCCACCAUGACACCAAGUAGAACCAAACAAACAACAAAAGUAGCGAUGACUUUGUCUUGGUUGUCGUUUACUAGCUCCCCCUCCACGAUUCGACUCUAUUCAUAUUUUAAAUCAUAAUCAAAUGGAAAAAAAAAUACUAUUGUUCGUAUUAAGAGUGUACUUGUUCAUGUCCCCAUGAUAUUAGGUAUUGAUAUAUUAUAUAUACAUAUAGCACUUAAGGAUAAAUUUAAUGCUUACAUUCAAUUCUCUCUGUGCAUAAACUCUUGUCGUAGCCAUUAGUUAUUAUUCAACUGUAAAUAAAUAUACUGUUUGAUUCACUUCAAUUGCAUCGUGCUCAUCAA